GCAGUGUCCUGAAAUAGCCUCUAAUUAACAUUUUCAAGUCGGAUCAAAUCUGAGCUAUCGGCCACUUUUGUACUGACGCCCAGCGGAUCAACAUUUCACCCAAUGCCCACCCGUCAACUAUGACAAGUUUUCACCGCAUGUUCUUGCACCCACUGCGAUCCCUACUUCCGAAACAUCCGAGCGAAAACGACACAUCCACUUUAAAAACAGGCAUGGUUUCAGAGCAAAUCAUCUCCUAACCUGUGCCUCCCAUUCAUCUUGACGUUACGAUUUAAGUCAGACGUCCCUCAUGGCUCCUCCUGCAAUCCACACAACCGCUCACUCUGACUCCGAGCCUACAGAGUUGAUUUUACCCGACCUCCUCAGCGAUUGCCACUAUCCCCUACGACCCGAAAUUACCAAAUUUGUGGGUUUGUGCACAGGUUACCUCACUGCAGCUUGCUACCCUGAUGCGGAUGCUUUCCAUCUCCGAGUCUGCUCAGAGAACUUCAGACAUCAUCAACUGCUAGAUGAGUUUGAUGUUGACAAUGCUUUGGGUAUGCGUGAAUGCUGUAUUUCUGCGUUCCAGGACCCCAUCAACUUCCAGACGGACAAAACUGCGGGAAAGAUGUGCAAAUCGCUCUUCAGUCGCUUCAGGGAAACGGGCGGCCCUGGCUGUACUGAGCGAUUUAUCCACACAAUGGACUUGUUCUUCAUUGCUGGGGCUAAGGAAGUGGACAACCGUGCAAAGAAACACAUCCACGAUCUUGAAUCUUACAUCACCUUUAGAAGAGACACGAGCGGCUGCAAGUUUUGCUUUGUCCUCAUCGAAUACGCAGCUCAGAUUGAUCUUCCGGAUGAAGUGAUGUCGCAUCCAAUCAUGAUGGCGGUGGAGGAUGCAGCCAAUGAUCAUAUCUCUUGGUCCAACAGCAAUCUCGCCAUGACACACAGUCUGAUUGCUGUGCUCAUGCGCGAACGAGGUCUGGACCUGCAAGGCGCUGUCGACUACUCUGGCCAGAUGUGCAAGAUUGCCAUGCAGCACUUUGAAGACAAUCGUGCUACCCUCCCAUCGUGGGGAACAGAGGUUGACAGACAGGUAGCCAUCUAUGUUCAAGGGCUGCAGGACUGGAUUGUUGCUAAUCUGCACUGGUCCUUCGAAUCCACCCGCUAUUUUGGCAAGGAUGGGCAGGCUGUCAAGCAGGACGGAAUCGUCAGGUUACUUCCCAAGAGGCCCCUGUAGAGCCUAUUUUGUAGGCAUGUUGCAUCGGUUUUUCGAUACAUUCACUCGUUCCUGCACUACGCGAUUCUGAAUCUGACUGUGACGACUCGCUAUAGAAAGUUUCAUGUACAUAAUAAUAUCCCACCUUCCUUGCCAUUUUUUGGCCAGCCUUCGCAGUUGUCUACACUAUGUAUAUAUUAUGUUGUGCGGUA